ACUCAUUCUCCGCUGUACGUCUGGAGGCGGUAGUUGUGAGUGCUCUGAAUGGUGCCAUACGGAAGAAAACGGAACAGUAAAACUAGGACGAAAUAAAAAACUAAUGGGAACAUUGACAGAAACACCCUAGCCUCUCACUGAAGACAAUGGGCACUGUUAGCAUUCUUUAUUUGUUGAAAACGGAAAUUCUCGCCAUAUUUUUGAGGUGGCGUGUGUGCUGUAUGGCGAGCUCAACAUGGCGUUGCAAUGCAUAACCAGACAGAAUUAGUUUAUUGUUUAUUGAGACCUACGACCGUUGUUGCCACCUGUGCUCCUUGAAACAUUUACGACAACGAUUCACUUGGUGUCUUUUUACUAAUGGAUAUAUUUACUGGGAGCAGAAACGUAGCGGAUCACUGCGACUCCGUGGAUCUGUUCGUUCAUUGUCGCCGACUCGUCAUUCCCGGAUUUUUACCAACUGGAAAUGUAUAAAGACUAAGGAUGUUUUCGUAGUCCAAUUUUACCUACAUGUCAUUUAACAAGCACAACAUUGUCACCCCUAUUUGCUGUAAAGUUAAAUUACAAAGGUGAUAUUAACCCCCGACGCACGAACUCUCGUUGGGUCGUUUUGACUGACUCGUGGAGCCUAGAGAACACGGCCAAAAAGUUCCAACUGGACAUUUUGCGUUUUGGCCAAGAACAAUAGAAUUUAGAGAAAUUAUUCUGGAAUUUCUAUCAGGAUUGUACCAGUGAGGGAUGGUGGGAGGCAGACUACCCAUGUGGAUCUAACCAUCCAGGAACCACCACAUCACACAAAGCAUGGUGGAUGCGAGUGCUGCUUGCAGAAUGAACCCGCUAGCUGCCCUGGGCAUGGACCGUAGCAGCCUGAUGAGGGAGAGCCUCCGCGUCCACGGAGGGAUGGUCUACCCGGGCAUCCGCACCUUGUCCGCCUCCGAAAAAGCCAGGGAGGGGGUCUCCUCCUUGCCCCUGGGCUACGACCUAGUCUACAAACCCGAAGGGUUGACCUUGGACGGCAGGAAGCCUGGUAACGGUUACGUGGGUCUGUAUAAGAGCUCUCCCCCUGGGUUGCAGAGGCCUGGUGGAGGAGGGGAGGGCCUGGGAAUGGAGCGGCGUGUGGGGCCUGGAGAUAAACCCUCUGAGCUGGGCCUCAACGGCAACAACGGCUUCCUGCGACUUCCCUGGGCAGUAAACCCGUACGCGGACCCCGGACUGUACCCCUUCCUGGACUCCUCCAAAUACGCAGCCCUCAACAUGUACAAGGCCUCGUUCCUGUCCCAGCCCUCACCCUACCUGCCCCAGCACCUGGCCUACCAGUCCCUGUGUGGAGGGGCGGGGGGUAGCGCUGCUGGGGCAGAGCGCCUCUUCUACAUGCCCCCGUACCCCCCGGCUCCCAUCUCCUCCCCCCUGGCCCCUCCUAUGAGGAUCCCCAUGGCCACGGUGGUCCCCAACACCCUCUCCCCGAUGCAGGGCCUGGGGCCCCGGAGCCACCACGAGGCCUCCCCCUACGGUUCCCAGCUUCACCAGCAGCACCAGGCCCACCAGCAGUCCCAACCCCAUCACCAGUCACAUAGUGACAGGCAGCCCCAGCAGCACAACAACAACAGCAGCAGUAGUAAGCUCAGCCGGACUUCCUCUAGUAAGAGCUCUGGUAGCAGCAGCAUUCACAACAGUAGCAGUAUUACCAGUAGUAGCAGUAGUAGUGCUGGGACUGGCAUUAGCAGCAGCCUACCAGUGGACUCCACCCAAGCACUUAUAAUGCAGUCCCCCCGCACAGCCCCCCACCCUCCCCAGACCUUAGUCCCUCCCCCCUCUGCUCUCAUAGACAACAGCACUUUGGACAUCCAGAAGUCACUGUUCAGAAGCCCCCCCUGCUCCUCCACCACCACCACCUCUUCCUCCCCGUCGGUGUCCCAUCCUUUCUACAUGAGCAGCAUGGCCUCUGAGCACCACUCCCCGGUGCGGUCCGGCAGCAACACCCACAAAGCCAAAGAGCAGGGCAGCAGCUCAGAGCACAGGAAUGUGGAGAGGAAUGGGGAAAGGAAGCGGAGCCAGUCCCCUUUAAAGACUUUGUCCUCUGAUAGACCAGCAGUACUACAGGCUUCUGCCAAAGACCCUGCGGACAAGCCUCUGGAUCUGUCAGCCAAAAUCCUGGAGUUGGAAGGCUCCCCCAACGGAUUCCCCCCAAAACUAGAGGCCUUGGCUAAGCUGGGCUACUCGCCCGCGGCUCGAUACGGCUUACCCCCCAGUCGGGAGCUCCUCAAAGAGACCCUCUCCCCGUCAGGGGCUUCCUCCAAAACCUCUGAGAGGCCUGAGAUCAUUAGCACUUUACGCUCCUCCUGGGUGGUGCCCAGCCCGACCCCGGUCUACGACAGCUCCAGCUCAGACGCCAACCACAACAAAGACCCCUCCGUCAUCAAACAUAAAAACCUGGAGAACUUGUCUUCACCGCAGCAGCGAAGCUCUUCCUGUCCCAGGAUAGGUGAGAUCGAUGGGGCUGUCGCCCCCAGCCAUGCCCCAGCUGUGCUAGCCCCUUCUGGGAGCCGACCGUCCUCUGCCUCCCCCUCUCCCAAGGUCAACGGUGAUUGGCCAAGAUCCUCCCCCAACUACUCUGAGACAGCCCCUUCUUCCAACAGAGUGGGCAGCCAUCCCUCUUCUGGGAAACCCCUGAAGAAACCAGAGGCUCAGGAGAUGCCCUUCAAACCCCAGCAGCCGCCCCACUUAGACAACAGCCAUCCGUCCGGCCACCCCCCCAGCCACCUCUACCUCCCUCAGAGUGACGGCUAUCUGCCCCCUAGCCUAGCUUACGCUAACAGAUACCUGCCCUACUCGGUCCAGGAGAGCAUGUCCCUGCCCCACAUGUCCAUGCCAGGCAAAGGCCCACUGUACCCCCACCCUGUUCUGCUAGGCAGCAGUAGCCUGUACCCACCCCGCCUGCCCCCCAAGCACGGCCUCCCGUACGGCAUCCCCCCCAGCCACGGGGACUACCUGACCUUCCAUGACUCCCAGGAGAUGGUCCACCCCCUCAUGUCCUCCCCCCACACAAGCCUGGACCUCAAGACCAGCGAGCGCCUGCAGGAGCUCAGGUCCAGGCCCAAGGAGAAGAUUUGGCAGCACCACGAGGGCUCUGCCCCGGCCUACAAGACCCAGGUCCCAGACACUAAACACACCCGCGGGGACAGAGAGACCGACAGGUCCACAGGCCUGGGCUCAAAGAGCCUCAACCACAAGCCCCUGACGGGAGCUAGAGAGGAGAUAGUCUGUAUCGACUUAAUCCAAGACGAUGGGGACAGCGACUCUCCCCUGACCAAAGCUGUCUCUCCAUGCGCUAAGAGAGGAGACCCUUCCAAACCUGUGGGUAGUGGGAGUAUUGGGAGAAACGAGGGGAGAGAGGCAGAGCUCCAGCACAUGCUCCGUACCGGCCAGGCUGUUGAACUCAGGCCAGGCCAGGCCAACAGGCAGGCAGACCAGCAGCAACGCAGCCAGCUGUGGCUGGGCUUCCACCCUUCCUCCCUCCGUCCUGAGCCCCCCUCCCUCUCCCCCUGCCCUUUCCCUAGACAUGGGGAGGACAGCCCCAGCCCUGCAGAAAGCAGCCCCAUCUCUGACCUGCCAGAGGAGCAGACCCUUCGCUGCGCAAGGACUUCUGGAGACCGCACCUCUUGGGACCGUAGAGACCAAUCUUUAGAGGGCCUUAAGAGCAGGGACUGUACUUUUGAGGACCCCACCUCUGUGGACCGUAGUUCUGGGGACCGCAGUUUCUGGGACCAUACGCAUGAGGAGUGUACUUUUAAGGACCGCAGCUCUUGGGACCGUACACGUGUGGAUCUUACAUGUAGGGUCCGCUCUUGCGAGGACCGCACCUCCGCAGACCACUCUCCUGGGGAAUGCACCUUGAACGAAUCUGGGUUUAGGAAUGAAAGAACCAUGGACCAUUACUCGGACCUGGACAAGGACAUGCACACGGACACAGAGUCCCACGAGGGUGAGGAGUACGAUGACCAAGGCUGCCCCAGGGCCAGGAGGUCCAGCCUGGCCAAGCGCAUUGCUAACUCCUCUGGCUACGUUGGUGACCGCAUCAAGUGUGUCACCACCGAGCUGUACGCCGACUCCAGCAAGCUGAGCAGAGAGCAGCGGGCACUGCAGCGUGCUAUGCUGCGCUUCUCUGAGCUGGAACUGAAGGAGAAGGAGGGAGGAGGGGCGGCGGUGUACUUGGCAGACAGCCAGCGCGAGCGGAGAGAGGGAGAUGGAGGAGAGGACAGGGCGCGCUGCCAAGGCCCAGCCAGAACGGGGCCAGGGGCCUCAGCCCUCACAGACGAGGCUGAGAAGGAUGGUGUGCAGCUGACGUGCCCCAACAACAGAGUGCCUGUUCUCCAGCGAUGCCCACAAACCGAGGGCCUCCCUCCCAGAGAGAGGGAGCAGGCUGGCCCCGACCUGGAGGAGAGGAAGAGGGGGAUGAUGCUGGAGAAAGAGGAGAGGGUGUGUGUGCUCCCACGGGAGCGGUCUGCCAGCCUGCCCAUGGCCCCAGUGGAAAGGCUGGCCCAGAAAGAUGCCAACCCUGGCAUCAUGCCCACCAUGCCAGCCUCCAUGCCCACCGCGGUGCCUGGCAGGAAACACACAUAUGCCCUGGAACCGUGCCAGCCACUCCAGGCCGACAGCCAGGGGAAAGAGAGGGAGGAAAAUGAGAGAGAAGAGGAGAAGGAGGAGACGAUGGAUGUUCCAGCCAAAAGAGCCAGGCUAACCAAUGGCCCCACUGAGCCCGUCCCAGAGGAACUAAAGAACCUCAAGGUGUGUAUCGAGCUGACCGGCCUCCGACUCAGCAAGCCCCGCCUCGCCCAGGAGCUCAGCCAAUGGCAGGCCGCCACCCAGCGGUCGACAGAGGUCAACGGAAGCAUGGCCAUGACGACGACCCUGCCCAACGGGUGCCCCGAGGUUGGCGUCACAGACAGGAAGGUUGCCUCACAGGAAGACCGGAGCCUGAAACGCAGGUCAGAGGUCAACGGCCACGCCUGGUGCCAUGAAAUGUUUGGUCACGGCGACAUCGAGCGAGUGGUGCUGCCGUCUGUUCCUCUGACCCCAGCGCAUCGGGACCGCCUCUACCGGACCCCGUCCACCACCCCUGUCAGAAAACCACCCCUGCAGACCACCACCCCUGCUCUCACCCCCUUUCACUCCCUGGCCCCUGCACAUCCCCACAUCACCCUCACCCCCAGCCCUCCACGGCUGUCAGACAAGAGACAGAGGCUAAAAGAACACCACAGGACCAGCGCUUUGGGACUGGGAACCCCCGGCCCUCACCCUGACCAUGACCCUAACCCAACUGGGGACCUAGUGGCCCCCAGACUCCGUUGGCACAGCGACCAGGACAAGCCCAAGGGCAAGCGGCAGUGCAAGACUAAACACACCAGCCAGAGGGAGAGGGAGAGAGAGAGACUGGGGCUGGGGAAUGAAGAACUGAGGGAAGAGAGGGAGAGAGAGAAGCUGGGGAAUGAAGAACUGAGGGAAGAGAGGGAGAGAGAGAAGCUGGGGAAUGAAGAACUGAGGGAAGAGAGGGAGAAUAAGCAGGUCAAGGAAAAGCGAUGCAGCGAGAAGCGGAGGAGGUCUUCAUCCCUGUCGGAUUACUCCCACUCCUCCCCCGCCCCCCCUCUCACCCCGCCCCCCCAGCUCAGCCCUCUGCCCAGCCCUACAGAGACCCAGGACCGCACGCCAACCCCCUCCAACCCCCCGCUGCCCACCUCUACCCCUGCCAGCCGACCCAUGCCUCCUGAGGCCCGCAGGCUCAUCGUCAACAAGAACGCAGGAGAGACCCUGCUCCAGAGGGCUUCCCGCCUAGGAUACGAGGAUGUAGUGCUGUACUGCCUGGAGAACAGGGUGUGUGACGUCAAUCACCGUGACAACGCGGGCUACUGUGCGCUGCACGAGGCAUGUGCACGUGGCUGGCUUGCUAUCACUCAGCACCUGCUGGAGCACGGUGCCGACGUCAACUGUAGCGCCCAGGAAGGCACCAGGCCCCUCCAUGACGCAGUGGAGAAUGACCAUCUGGAAGUGGUCCGUCUGCUGCUGUCCUACGGAGCUGACCCAACCCUGGCUACGUACUCUGGCCGCAGCCUCCUCCGCAUGACACACUCCCACGGCAUGGAGGGAUUCCUCUCUGAGUAUUUUUCCGACCUGAAGGGGCUUGAAGACACUGACGAAGGCAUCUACUGGGAGUUUUACGGCAGCGCCGUGUGUGAGUCAGGUGAGGACCCAGCAGCCUAUGACAUCCUGGCUAACCCCCCAGGCCCAGGAGAGGAGGAGGAGGAGGACACGAGGCAGGGCUUUGAGUUUGAGUUCUCUGACCGACCUCUCCUGCCCUGCUACAACAUUCAGCUCUCCCUCUCACAGGGUCCCAGAAACUGGCUGCUCCUAUCAGACGUCCUGAAGAGACUCAGAAUGUCCUCCAGGGCGUUCAGGGCAGCCUUCGCCCAUCUGGAGGUAGCAACCAUCGCCGAGGCAGAGUUCUACAAGCAGGCGUCACUGUCGCAGCUCUUCUCGUGCCCCGACGAGCUCGCCGCCUUCCUCCCUGACAGCAAGGAGCUGCUGGACCUGGUUGAGACCAGCUCGGAGCUGGCUGCGCUGCUGGGCUCCUCGCUAGAGUGUUUGGACAGCCGAUGGGAGCCCAAAGGGGCCCGGGUCAAAGCUAAAGCCCGCUCGUGACCCUGAGAUACACACACAGAGGGUGACUCUCAAUAAGAUCUACUUUCUCCUGAAGUGGACACUCCUUCACUAGUUCCCACCAGUCUGGUGCAGUUAUUUGUCUAGUGGUAGUUUCCCACCAUGUUUCUUAUACCAGCCCUUUCCUUUCAAAUCGGUGCAGGGAAGUGAACACUUUGGGAGGAAGGAGAGAGUAUUGGGACGUAGCCAACACACACACAUGCUCCAUGUGUACGUUCCCAUGCCCUGUGAGGACUGGACGUUGAAUACUGGACAGUAUCCCUUCAAAGAGGAAACAGACCCCAGCGCCACACAAACUGCAUUUUUUAAAUAAAUAUAUUAUAUAUGUAUACAUUAACAGCCAAUUUAAUUUGUUCUAUAUAUAUAUAUAUAUAUAUAUAUAUAUAUGUAUAUCCAUACUGUAUAUCUGCUGCUUUGGUUGUCAUGUUGUGGUCAGGUUGUGGGUUUUGACACUGGGUUGACUAGGCUUGUGAACAGGUCAGGAGCAAUGUGGGUCGAAUGUGGACCUCAGAGGGAGGUAAAGGUUAUUGUUUGACUUUGGAUCAUGGCAGUGCACUUGAUUUGAGCUUUACCGACCCAUUGGACUUUGAUAGAUAUAUAUAUAUAGAGGUGAACUGUGACAAAAACAUUUUAGCACUCAUGGCUCAUCCCAAAGAUUUGGGGAUUUUUAUUUUCAACAUUGUCUAAAAAUCUAGCUUUAUUUGUCUCUUAUUUAUGACAAUGAGGAAUUAAGAUAUUUGAUGUGGGUUUUUUUUGUAAAAUAUAAAUGUAAGAUACUACAAGACAUUUCAAUUGAAGAGUGAGAUUCAUGCUUGAACUUGUAAAUAAGAUGACCAUUUCAGUAACUGUUUUUCUGACUGGGGUGUUUGAUUUGUUUGUUUUGGCAAUGUAAGCAUUUAAACUUUGUAAUUAAAUACACUUAUUUGUAUUUAUAUUUUACAAAAAAGUUCAUUUAAAUAAAUCGCAAUAAAAGUGAA